UAGUGCCGGCAAAGGUUGGCAGGGGGCGGUUCUUGAGCUGUUGUUUUCGUCCACGUCCUUUGGCUCAAGCAUGCUGCUUCAGCCGGGGAGGUAGGGCGGGCACUAGGUGGAGGCGUGCAACCCGCCUCCGUCACGCCCUCCACCGGCUUGACGUGUGGCCGCGCCCCCUCACGCCCCUCCGCAUUAAGGUCUCCGGGCUCGGUUCCCGCUAUCCGGCCGUCGGUGCUUUUUCGCCAGUCCCGGAAGUGGGCUCGCGCCCUACGGUUCUUGCUCCCGGGCGGCGACCGUCGCCACAGUGGCGGCCACUGCAUCUCGUUCCACCUCCGCGGCCCUGGGCGCCGUGGUUUCCUCGGACCCUGAGCCUAUGAACGGUCAGGGCCAGUCGGCGUCCGGGUCGUCGGCGUGGAGCACGGUAUUCCGCCACGUCCGGUAUGAGAACCUGGUAGCUGGUGUGAGCGGCGGGGUCUUGUCUAACCUCGCGCUGCACCCGCUCGACCUCGUGAAGAUCCGCUUCGCCGUGAGUGAUGGAUUGGAACUGAGACCAAAGUAUAAAGGAAUUUUACAUUGCUUGACUACCAUUUGGAAACUUGAUGGACUGCGGGGACUUUAUCAAGGAGUAACUCCAAAUGUUUGGGGUGCAGGUUUAUCCUGGGGACUCUACUUUUUCUUUUACAAUGCCAUCAAAUCAUAUAAAACAGAAGGAAGAGCUGAACGGUUAGAGGCAACAGAAUACCUCAUCUCAGCUGCUGAAGCUGGAGCCAUGACCCUCUGCAUUACAAACCCAUUAUGGGUAACAAAAACUCGCCUUAUGUUACAGUAUGAAGGUGUUGUUAACUCCUCACAGCGGCAAUAUAAAGGAAUGUUUGAUGCACUUGUGAAAAUAUAUAAGUAUGAAGGUGUGCGUGGAUUGUAUAAGGGAUUUAUUCCUGGGCUGUUUGGAACAUCACAUGGUGCCCUUCAGUUUAUGGCAUAUGAAUUGCUAAAAUUGAAAUAUAACCAGCAUAUCAAUAGAUUACCAGAAGCCCAACUGAGCACAGUAGAAUAUAUAUCUGUGGCUGCACUAUCCAAAAUAUUUGCUGUAGCAGCAACAUACCCAUAUCAAGUUGUGAGAGCCCGUCUUCAGGAUCAACACAUGUUUUAUAGUGGUGUAACGGAUGUAAUUGCAAAGACAUGGAGGAAAGAAGGCAUCGGUGGAUUUUACAAAGGAAUUGCCCCCAAUUUGAUUAGAGUGACUCCAGCCUGCUGUAUUACCUUUGUGGUAUAUGAAAAUGUCUCACAUUUUUUACUUGGCCUUAGAGACAAGAAAGUAAGCUAAAAAAGAAAAAAAGAAAGAUGUAUGGAUCCAGUUCCCAAAUAAAUGAUCAAUCUACAUUGAUCACUCAAAUUCACAUUGAAGUACACAUUACAUUAAUGGCUAUUAUUGAUCUUUACUUGUUAAAGUCAUUCUAACUCUCUGUAAGUAUAAAAGCCUACCCCCAAAAAGAUGCCAGAAUAAUACUGACACUUUAUUUAUCAUAAACAUCAUUGCAUGCUAUUGCACUACCAUCUACUUGUUGUAAAUAAAAUAUUAUGGUUUUCAAAGCCAUAUUUUAAUGGUUCUUUGAAAAUAGGUCUAUUUUUUAUAUUUUGGAAAUGGCAUUGUUUUAAAAAUAAAGAUGAAAUGAUGAGUACCUAAUUGUAUUUAAUCCAUAUUGUAACAUGCAUAGGAAUGCUUUAUAAAUUAAGCAUGGCAUUUUUUUCAUAUUUCUGGAUUAUAUUGUAAUUCAUAUGAAAUCCUGAUAUUAAUACCUAUAUGGAAAGAUAAGCUGUAGUUGAUAUUUGGAGUUUUAGAAGUACCGUCAUUUGAAUUCUGCUAUGUAUCCCCAAAUUAAUAAAUCAUAAUUCUUGUCCUCCA